AAUCUGUCAAGUCAAAUACUGGAAAUGUGGAUGGCAAUUUGUGUGAAGCUGGAGGAAGACAAUACAACAUAACCUCUAGUACCAAAAAUAUUUUGUAAAUUGUACGAGCUUAAAGAGCCUUGUAACAUACUGCUAGGAUGAGUACAUCAAAAGGGGGUAACGUAAGAAGAAGACCACAGAAGCACCAAAAUAAAACAGCUUUCAAAAACGAUUUACACGAUACGAGUCACCAAACGAAAUUUUUGAACUCCUUGGAGGUGACAGGCGUUUGUAAACGUUGUAAAGAUAUUAUUGAAUGGAAGAUAAAGUUCAAAAAAUAUAAGACGUUAACUGCACCUCGUAAAUGUGUUGGCUGUGAACAGAAAACAGUAAAAUACGCAUAUCACCUAUUGUGCACUAAAUGCGCUUUAGACAAAAAAACAUGUGCGAAGUGUUGCAAACCAAUAGAUGAGAUAGACAUACAACCUGCAGAUGAUGGUCAAAAUACUGAUAUAAAAGCUAUGUUAAAAGAGUUACCUGAAAGAAAACGGCGGACUAUACUAAGGUCUCUUAAUAAGCUUGAGGGUGAUCAACAGAAGUUAAAUCCUGAAUUGAAAGCACAGAUAGAAGAAAUGCUGGCAAAUGUUGAUAGCCUUAGCCUUGAUGAUGACUUCAAUGAUUUUUCAGAUGAAGAAAAUUCAGGGAGUGAUAACUAGAAGUUGUAUAUAGUGCUUGUAUAUUAUCUGAUGCUAAGUGUAAAUAUUAUAUUAUUAAGAAACUAAA